AAACGUCACGACACGGCCUGCUGGAGCCGGUGUGAAUGUGAAACGUUAGUGUCAGAUUAUAAGUCCUUCAGCUCGGCGUUUUUUCAUAUGAUGCAACUUGGCAGUGUAUGUCUCUUAUUAUGUGCAGCUUCCUACUUCAAAACCACAAUUUGCCAUGAGUAACAAACCCGGAAAUAGUGGGACGUGACAUGGGGGGUGGACCUCUUCUGAGACAGAGAGAGAGGCAGAGAGACAGGCAGAGUACUAGACUCGGCACCCCCGGGGAGUCCUGAUUCACAGACUGCCAUCGGAUUUUAUUUGAAAUCCUCUGGGAUCCAUAAGGACACUCUGGCCCGUGGCUUUGCGCAUCUUCUGCGCCGGACUGUGCCUUUUUUUUCUUUUUUUAAAAAUCUGCCGCAUAAGAUGGUAAUGACGCGACUAACAUCCCCUCAGUUCAUUCAGUGCUGACAAGUUCUCUUCCGACGCGAAUGUGCGACAGAUCGGGCGAAAAAGAAAGAAACCCGGAGAGGAAAACAAGUUCUACACGAGAGCGAAAACACCCAGCAGCGAGAACAAUGAUCCGGGCUGCCGAUGUGGAGCGUUAAAACGAGUGGGGGGAAAAAAAGAGUUAGUUUUUGUCUUUGCCAGGCUGCCGGGCACCUCCAGCUGAAAGCCAGGAGUCACAUACAUACACGAAGUGUCACGACGGUUGGUGUCAACGCAAAGGAUGACGGUGAAGCUGGACUUUGAGGAGGGUUUGAAGGACUCCCCGCGCUUCAGAGCUGAGAUCGAAGACGUCCAGAAUGACGUGAGUGAACUCGAGACACGGUUGGAGAAGCUAGUGAAACAGUGCCAGGCCAUGCUGGAGGCUGGCAAAGCCUACUGUCAGACCAGCAAGAGCUUCGUCAACGGACUCCGGGAGCUCGGACACCAAUGCUCCGGGGACAAGAUGAUGGCGGACUGCUUGGAGAAAUUUUCCAAAAAGCUGAAUGUCAUUUUUGAGGCACAGGGGGAAGUGAUUGAGACCACGCAGAAGUCAGUGAGGGCGAAGCUGCAAAGCUUUGUGAAAGAAGAUGUUCGUCGUUUUAAGGACAGACGAAAAGAGUUUGAAAAGAGCAGCGAAGCCCUGGAGGGGGCGCUGUCAAGGAAUGCUCAGGCUCCACGCGGGAAGCAGCACGAAGUGGACGAGGCGAGUAACGCCCUGAUCAACGCGCGCAAGGCCUUCAGGUCUGAGGCUUUGGACUACGUGCUGGAGAUUAAUGUCAUUGAGGCCAAGAAGAAGACAGAUAUUGUGCUGGCAAUGUUGUCGCUGAUGGAUGCCCAAGCCCAGUUCUUCAUGCAGGGUCACCAGUCUCUGUCAGAACUGGACGAGUAUCGACAAAAGCUGAAUGAAGAGCACAAACAGUUUGUCCUUGACUGUGCCAGAGAAAAGAGGGACAUGGAGCAAAGACACGCAGCAAUCAAGAAAAAGGACAUGUCUUAUGAUGACUCCAUUAUGGACUUUAAUGGUGAUGCAGCUAAUGGGAUCGCGAUGGAGGGCUAUCUGUACAAGAGGGCCAGCAACGCCUUCAAGACCUGGAGCAGGCGCUGGUUUUCAAUUCAGAAGAAUCAGUUGGUGUAUCAGAAGAAAUUCAAGGACCAGCCUACAGUCGUGGUGGAGGACUUGCGUCUUUGCACAGUCAAACCCAGCAUUGACAAUGAGAGGCGUUUUUGCUUUGAAGUGGUUUCCCCAUCAAAGUGCUGUUUGUUGCAGGCAGACUCAGAAAGGCAGCAGCAAGCGUGGAUCAGCGCCGUCCAAAACAGCAUCGCCUCAGCCUUUCAGGAGCGCCGAGAGGACACGCUCAGCCCAAGACAGCGCUGCAGCUCGGUGUCUACAAGCAGCCUGGGAGGAGGAGGAGGUGGAGGAGGCGUGGAUCAGGACAACGAGGGCUGCAAAGCACUGGAGGAGGUUCAGGCAAUCCCGGGGAACAGGCAGUGCUGCGACUGCGGAGAGCCGGGUCCUGACUGGGCCUCCAUCAACCUGGGCAUCACACUUUGUAUCGUCUGCUCGGGAAUACACAGGAGCCUGGGAGUCCAUUUCUCCAAAGUACGCUCCCUCACCCUCGACUCCUGGGAGCCCGAGCUUAUUAAGUUGAUGUGUGAGUUGGGGAACACAGUUAUCAACAGGAUCUAUGAAGCUCGGAUCGAUGAGAUCACCAUCAAGAAGCCCAAUCCCUCCAGUCCCAGAGGAGACAAGGAGUCGUGGAUUCGAUCAAAGUAUGUUGAAAAGAAGUUUAUCCAUAAGCUGCCUGAGACUGGCAGGAAUCCCCCGCUGAGGCGAUCCAGCGGCAGGAGAAACCGAGCGACCACACAGAUCGCGCAGAGACCGCCGCUCAAGCCCAAACCGAACAGAGCCACUCUGCCUCGGGUCACAGGGUUAAGCCCCAGUGACCUUGUCCAAAGGAACAAUUCAGGCUUCCACAGAGAUAAUGAAGAGGAAGAGGAGGAGGAUCUCAGCCACCUCCACCCCGGGGCGCUGCUGUACCGCUCGGCAGCCCUGCAGAACUUCCCCGUCAUGGCCGACGCGUUGGCCCACGGAGCAGAUGUCAACUGGGUCAACAUGAACGAUGAGUCGAGCACGCCGCUGAUACAGGCUGUCUCAGUGAACGCCCUGGCAGCCUGCGAGUUCCUGCUGCAAAACGGCGCCAACGUUAACCAGGCGGACAGCAACGGCAGAGGACCGCUGCACCACGCCACCAUCCUGGGCCACACGGGGUUGGUUUGUCUGUUUUUGAAGCGAGGGGCUGACUACAACGCCCGAGACAAGAACCAGAAGGACCCGAUAACUAUCGCCGUGGAUAACGCCAACGCAGACAUCGUCACUUUGUUGCGGAUUGCCAAAAUGAACAAGGAGAUGCGGGAGAUGGAUGGAGCAUUCGGCCAACCAGGUGAUGAAACCUACCAGGACAUUUUCAGAGACUUUUCCCACAUGGCCUCGAACAACCCAGAGAAGCUCAAACGCCGCAGUGCUGACCCCAAGUCUUAACCAGCUGCCUCUCCACCUCCUCAUUCCACAGGGCAGCACCACAUACUUUCAGGCACAUAUAGAAAAUAUUCAUUUUUCAGGCAUGCAGACGCACUCGCUCUCUCUCUCUCUCGCUGGCUACCUGCCACGUGUUCGGUCACAGCUCAGCUGGUGUUGACUUCAGAGGGAACGAACGCUCCGAACAGUGAAUUCUUUGUGCGAGCACGUCAGAGCAGAACAAUCGUGUCCAAGUGGAAACACUGCAACAGCUUUAUGAGACCAGCGUGAGGUGUCUGUAGCAGAGGGUAGCACCAUUACUCUGCCAAAAGUUUUCUAAUUAAAACCAGUAAAUCUGUUUUUAAUUUUUCUUUUUUUCUUCUUUUUGUAAGUGAAAAGGGGCUGGUUUUUUUAGGUUUUGCGAUUUCUACUGACUCAUUACAUGAAACUAAGAAAAAAAAAAAGUUUGUAGGAAAUUGUUGUAAAAAGUUGCAUUUUAUUUCUACCGUCUUGCGAGGAACUGGAGUAUUUGCAGAAUUUUAAAUUUGGGACUUUGUGUUCAUGUUUUGUCUAAAUUAUGUGCGGUACAUUCAAUUUGUAUUCAGAUCAAAU